CACCGCGAUCCGCGCCCGUCGCGACAUGGCCGAGACCGCGCCCGUCGCAGCGCCCGCUGCUGCUGCCGCCGCAGCCGCCGCCGCCCCGGCCCCCGCCGCCAAGGCCGCCGGCAAGAAGCCGAAGAAGGCGGCGGGCGGCUCCAGGGCGCGCAGGCCCGCGGGCCCCAGCGUCACCGAGCUGAUCACCAAGGCCGUGGCCGCCUCCAAGGAGCGCAAGGGGCUCUCCCUCGCCGCGCUCAAGAAGGCGCUGGCCGCCGGCGGCUACGACGUGGAGAAGAACAACAGCCGCAUCAAGCUGGGGCUCAAGAGCCUCGUCGGCAAGGGCACCCUGGUGCAGACCAAGGGCACCGGCGCCUCCGGCUCCUUCCGCCUCAGCAAGAAGCCCGGCGAGGUGAAGGAGAAGGCGCCCAAGAAGCGGGCGGCCGCGGCCAAGCCCAAGAAGCCGGCGGCCAAGAAGCCCGCCGGCGCCGCCAAGAAGCCCAAGAAGCCGGCGGUGAAGAAGAGCCCCAAGAAAGCCAAGAAGCCGGCGGCUGCUGCCACCAAGAAGGCUGCCAAGAGCCCCAAGAAGGCGACCAAGGCUGCCAAGCCCAAAAAGGCAGCGGCAGCGAAGAGCCCAGCCAAGGCAAAGGCAGUGAAGCCCAAAGCUGCCAAGCCCAAGGCAGCCAAGCCGAAAGCAGCCAAGGCGAAAAAGGCACCCAAAAAGAAGUAAGCCCCUGUGGAAGGAAACCUUCCACACUUAAACCCAACGGCUCUUUUAAGAGCCACCCAAGCUUUCCUAAAAAGAGCUGAAACACUGACUGAGAUGGCUUUGUUACAGACUACGUGAAUGAUACUGAGGACAAUGUACGUUUUGGUUCGGGACAGGCAGAGCAGGCUCGGAGCAGCCGCUCUACGGACUUCAAAUCACCCCCGUCGCUUAAAAGCGGAGCGGCGGGGGAGUUAAAGCUCCGCAGCGGCGCUUUGAAACACCCGCACAGCGCCGGGAUUGGCGGCGGGCAGCGGCUGCCGAGCUGCUCCCGCAGCGCUGCGAGCGC